GAAACACCAUUGCACAAAGCCUGUGAAUACGGCAAGCCGGAGGUUAUAGAAUUUCUGCUUCGAACGGGUUCAGAUCUUCUUGCCUUGUCAAAUGGCAACAUGACAUGCCUGGACUAUGCAUUAGCAAGGAAUUGGUACGACCAACCUAUACCUAACUUAAGGGCAAUUAUCCGCCAUCUUGAGAGCAAGUACCCAGAGGAGCAGGAGAAGGUCAUGGAAAUUGUGCGACAUGCCGCUGACAAGCCGACUGCUGAUACUCACAACCGUCGAUUUAUUCGUACUUACCUUCAGCUGGAGGAAUUUUAUUCCGAAGGCCAAGAGGACGCUAACACUCUAGUUGUUCUAGUUAGCGGGGAACAACUUGUAGGGAAAUCCACACUGAUCACGACAUUGAGAGAAGAAGGAAACAACGGCACAUCAAACGACUCAAAACGAACCCGAGGCAUCCAGAUGUCCAACUUCACUGAUAAUCUUGGUCAGCAUUUGCGUAUAAAAGAUCUCGCUGGGCAGGACGCGUUUUCAGCCACACACGACAUUUUCUGCCUAUCCACAUCAGUACCAAGCCUCGGUCUUGCUGUUGUCAAUAGUAAAUGGGACGAGAAACGGAUUACAACAAGAAUAACCACCACAGUUGGUCGGUUUUUGAGCCGGAAGCCACCAUCGGUAACAUCAGACCAGCCGUUCAAUGUCAUGAUCAUUGCGACCUUCCGCGACGAGAUCAAGAGAGAGGAUCAUGGAAAACUUGCUGCAAAGCUUGCCACAAGCUAUAGUAGUGUCGAGAAGGAGUUUGGUGAUAAACUCCACUUUCGAGGACGCUUUGCUAUCAAUGCCACCGUCAAUGACGCAGACUUCGAUCGCUUGAGAGUCAAACUUUCUGAGGUCUGCAGAGAUAUCCUGAGCAAAUCUCCCAAGCAACCCAAAGUGCUCGGGCAGGCAGAGGAAGUACUGGCACAACUGCAUGACAACAUCCGAGAGCCAUUCUCAACAAGUCGGGAGUUCUCUCGACAGCUUUAUGCUGCUAGCAACGUAGAGUAUGAUGACGAUGAAGACAGCAUCUACACCGAACAAAUCCGUCGGUAUCGCAAGAUCCUCAAUGCGUAUGGGCUGAUUGUUUCUUUCUCAUCCCCUGAGCUGGACGACAUCAUUGUUAACCGACCCAACUGGUUGCUCUCCAAGGUCAUUGGUCUCAUUUUCGCACCACCUGGGCUUGAUGACGAAGAUAUGCUGCACUUCAUAGAUGGUGUUGCGAAGGUCCAGGAAGUCCUUGGCAAGCUUAACAGCUGCGAGGGAGCAGAAGGUCAGGGCCCUCUGCUGCUGCAGAUGGUGAUACAACUAGGUGUGUUGCUCCAGGAGAAAGAAAGGAUCCUGGCACCCAGCCGCCUUCCGACCGCUGACAACUGCCUCGGCUCACUGGCCAAGAAAGAUUCAUCAUCUCGGUCGGCGUGCGCAGGAGUCUCUUUCACGACUCAGCACUGCUUCUCCACUGCUCUUGUUAUCCGGCUACAGACAGAGCUGUACGCCUAUUUCCACGAGCUUCACGGCAUUCCUGCUGAGCUCUGGAAGAAUCUGGUGGUAGUGGCUCCAGUCCAUUCUACAGCCCGUGGUUGCAUCUCCGUCACGGACAGCCUGCGCCAAGCUGUCGCUGUUGUCCAUGCGCCCGUUGAAGAUACGCUAGAUGGCUAUUGUCUGCUGGCUCUGUUGCGCAAGGUGUUUGGUGACCUGGCAGCACAGUAUAGCCCGGGCACUAGCUACUCCACAAGCAUCAUCAGCUCUGCUUCGAUUCGUCAGCACCUCCACGAGCCAAGCGACAAGUUUGAUUUCGCUGUGUACGAUGCAAAGGAAGUCCGAUCAUCCGUAGCAACAAAGGUUCAUCUCUCCACUAGCCACAGUUACGUUGAUCGUGCCCCGCUUCUUCUCGAAUGGCCGGUCAACCAUGCUUCACUGCUCUCUGCACAGUCCUUCGAGUCCAUCCGAGAAAGCCUUGGUGAGUCCGACCUGCCCGCACUAGCCACCUGCCUGGGCCUUACAUCAUCAUCUUCAUCACGUGGGCACAGUAAUCAUCUACGCGCUGCAGCAGAAUUGGUCCACAGCUGGGCAGUUACCGACUACCAUCACACUUCGACCAAGCUUCACCAGCUGCUAGUGAAAUCACCGAACGCCAAGCGCUUUGCAAAGAUCUGCAAGGUGCUACGGCAGCAUGAAGAACUGCUGGCCACCGAUUUCCCGGACAUAUUCCGGAAGCGUCGGGUGCAAGCCGUCCAGCCGGUCUCCGCCGGAGCUACUGCCUCCGCUGUUCAAUCAGACUCGGCAGAGAGCAUUUCUUCUGGCAGCCAGUCACACUCUGAUCAAGCCAGUCAGUCCACUGCUGCUCGCCAAGAUGCUGCUGGCCAUGCUGAGCAUCACGCUGCUGAUGGCAGCUGUGGAAUUUUCCUAUCCACUUCACCACUCCAUGCCAUGUGGUCAACGGACGAACGCAUUGCAAACCUGUAUCAGGAGGAUGAAGCGGAGCUCUCUGAACAAACAGACUCGGCAGAGAGCGUUCCUUCGAACAGCCAGUCACACUCUGAUCAAGCCAGUCAGUCCACUGCUGCUCGGCAAGAUGAUGCUGACUCCGCGGAGAGCGUUCCUUUGAGCAGCCAGUCACACUCUGAUCAAGCCAGUCAGUCCACUGCUGCUCGGCAAGAUGAUGCUGGCAAUGCUGAGCAUCACUCUGGUCAUGGAAGCUGUGGAAUUUUCCUAUCCACUUCACCACUCCAUGCCAUGUGGUCAACGGAUGAACGCAUUGCAAACCUGUACAAGGAGGAUGAAGCGGAGCUCUCUGAAGAAACAGACUCGGCAGAGAGCGUUCCUUCGAACAGCCAGUCACACUCUGAUCAAGCCAGUCAGUCCACUGCUGCUCGCCAAGCUGAUGCUGGCCAUGCUGAGGGUCAUGCUGCUCAUGGGAGCUGUGGUAUUGUCCAACCCACUUCACCACUAGAGAAAUUUUUGUCAGACAUUUCUGACUAUCGAGACUUUAGCGAAUGGAUGGAAAAGUGCAUCGGCCGCCCUAGACGUGAGGACUUUGCCCGAGCCGUUGCAAAACUGAUUGACCCAGAAUACAGCAACCAUUUCAAAGACGACAUGCAAGACUUUAUCAAGAAAAACGACCUUGGCACCACUGACAUACCGGAUAAUAUGCAUGGCGUUAUCAGGUGGGCCGUGGACAAAGCUGGAACGCGUGAAAUCACCCUGGCCGAGUUGAAGAAGAUUGCGCUACGCCUGAAUCCCGACAAGAAGAAAAGGAUUGAGAAAACAUUCCAUGAUGAAACAUGGUGAAGCGUCAUCUUGAAGCUGCCCUGCCCAGCAGUGGCCUCUAUUCGUUCCUGGCUUAACUGUCAACUGUCUACAUUCUACUGGUAGAGAGUCACUCGACAGCAGAACACCUCAAGCAUCUGAAGACCAUCUUCCAUCACUUGGCAGAGUAUGGUUUGGUGGUCAUUAUCAGCAAGUUUGUCUUCAUGCAGCCCUCCGUGACACUCCUGGGUCACAAUGUCAAAGCCACUGCCGGCGGUGGCAUUGAGACACUGGCAGAGAAGGUCAAGGUCAUGGUGGACUACCCUGCUCCAGACACUCACUCUGCUCUCUACCUCGCUUUCUGGGUUUGGUAAAUCUCUACCGACGCUUCAUCCCGGAUUGUGCAUGCAUUCUUCAGCCGCUCUCGUAUUUGUUAGCAGGCCCUCAAUCUCCCACGCACCUUUGUCGCGAACGUAGCAAAUACAUGAAAAUAAAUUCGGAAUAACUAAUUUCUAUUUUGCAUUACAUGACGAUGAUUAACAUUAGUGUUUUUGUAUAUACCAUGACAAUGAUUGUGCUCUCUUACUCUCUCUUACAUUGUGGCUGAUUCCACGCUUGGGUUAGCAGAAUUCUGGUUCCCUAUCUUCAUUUCUAAGAAUUGACUCCAUUCCACUUCAAAGUAGCUUCGAAGGUAGUCUUCAUUUUUCUAGUCUUUGCAUUUAGUUCUCAAACAAAUUCUUCGUUAAGUUUUCGUACCGUGUCUAGUCUCGCGCUCUUGAUUUGUUUUGCUCGCGCGUGACUUUCCUUUCUGUUUUUUUUUUGUUAUGCAUGACCCUGAUGACGUAUUGGUAUGAUGUA